UGUAUAAAAGCUCCUUCAGCGAGACUUUAAAUCAUUUAUCUGCCAUUCUUAUCUCAUCUCCUGCUGUGCGACCACGGUCACCUCCAGCCCCCGCGAUGUCCUCCCAGCAGCUCUGCGAGGUGUCCUGUCCCCAGCCCCUGGCCAGCGCCUGGAGCCAGCCCUGCGUCACCUCCUGCGGGGACUCGCGGGCCGUGGUCUACCCUCCGCCCGUGGUCAUCACCUUCCCGGGGCCCAUCCUCAGCUCCUGCCCCCAGGAGAGCGUCGUGGGAUCCGCAUUCCCAUCGGGAAUGGGAAGUUCCUUUGGCUACGGUGGUGUCCAGAACUCCUGCGAGCCCGGAGUCGCUGUUGGUGGCUGGAAUUCCUCCUCCUCGUCCUGCUAUUCCAGCAAUUCCUCCUCCUAUUCCCGAAAUUCCUACCCUUGCUAUUCCCGAAAUUCCUACCCCGGCUAUUCCCACCCUGCCAAGCCCGGCAAAGAUUCCCUGGAUGAGCAAAUCCAGCAGAAAAAGGAGCAAAUUCGCAAGCUGUGAGUGGGGAGCGCUCCGAGAGGGGCUGGGGCUGCUCCUUCAUCCCGAGGAACGAUCCCAGGCCCGCGAUUCCCUCUGGAUCGGAUCCCCCGGAUCACAAUUCCCAUCGAUUGGCUCUGCUUCGGUGUAAAUUUACCCGAAUUCCUCUGUAAUUCCCAUUGGCGCUAUUGCUGUGGGAUAAAUCCCAUUUGUCGGCCCCAAUAAAAUCCUUUCUGCAUCACA